CUCCGCAAUUGCGUUUGUGCUUGAGGCGUGCGAUGUGGAUCUAAUCUGCUCCAAGAGGUCGACUUUACCAUUAGAUGUCCUUGUUUGCGUCUGUAUCCUUCAGCUUUCGCUCAGGCUGCUAUAAAGCCCACCGCCUGUCGCUCAUAUGGUCAUCCAAACGAGCCAUGUCUACCGUGCAUCACGUCGCAGCGACCGGAUUCGGCGCAGGAACCAACGAGCUCUAUGAUCGGGCGCGUCCUUCGUACCAGCCACAAGUCUUGCAAUACAUCCGCGACCAGAUCUCGUCGCCUGGUUCUCUGAACCUCGUAGAGAUCGGCAGUGGUACAGGCAUAUUCACCCGUGCUCUCCUCGCUCACCCGGCAUGGUCUUCGGCCCUCGGCGCUCUGCGCGCCAUCGAGCCCAGCUCUGGUAUGCGUGACCAGUUCAACAAGACCGUGCACGACCCCCGGAUCUCCUGCCGCGACGGCACGUUCGACACGACCGCCGUCGAAGACGGCUGGGCGGACGCGGUCGUCAUCGCCCAGGCCUUCCACUGGUGCCCGGACUACAACGCCGCCUCUGCCGAGUUCGCCAGGAUCCUCAAGCCGGGAGGCGCGGUGUUCCUCGUGUGGAACCUGGAGGAUCGGGAGAAGGCGCGCUGGGUGGCGGAGCUGAGAGACGCGUAUGAACAACACGAGGGCGGCACCCCGCAGUUCCGCCUCGGCCUCUGGCGCGCCACGUUCGAUACUCCCAACUAUAUCCAGUACUUCGAGAAACCUGUCGAACAGACCUGGGAACACGCCAUCACAAGCACGGAGGACAGUGUGGUCGACCGUGUAUGCUCCAAGUCAUACAUCGCGAUCCUUCCCGAAGACGAGAAGAAUAAAGUCAAAGAUACCGUUCGAGAGAUCGUUCGCAAGGGAGAGGAGAAGGUGUGGAUUGACAAGGAUGCCGGCAUCUUCGAGUUUCCCUAUCAGACCCUGGUCGUCCUCGCGCGGAAGAAACAAAGGCGAAAGCCAACUGUAUACCCUCUAUCACGCCAAGCUGACUACGAACCAUUGGAGUAAUCCAGCGUAUGCAUGCAUCAACGGCUACUCUGUGAUAUCGCAACGCUACAUCACUAUCUACAAACAAAUAUAGAAUGUACUUGUGUGUUUGCGAGUCAGACACGCGGGAAGUCGUGGAGUAUCACUUUCGCCCCCAUGGCAUCCUCCUGUGCUGCGGCCCCGCAAUCAAACCAUACCUCGUCUCCGACGCUCAUGCCGGCACCCAAGGCGCCAUCCUCGUCGAUGCGUCAAUCACCUUCU